CAUACGAUCCAUAUCCACCAAGCAAGAUCACUAAUCUUUGUCUAGAGAAAGGAGAGAAAAUUCCCGAAGAUGUCUGAGAGAAAAGUUUUAAAUAAAUACUACCCGCCAGAGUUUGAUCCGGCUAAGAUCCCUAAACUCAAGCUCGCCAAGGAGAGGCAAUACACUGUCCGUAUCAUGGCACCUUUCAACAUGCAAUGCAAGGUGUGCAACGAGUACAUCUACAAGGGGAAGAAGUUCAACGCCAAGACAGAGAAUGUCCACAAUGAGAACUACCUGGGACUGCGCAUCUAUCGCUUCUACAUCAGAUGUCCUAGGUGCAUCUCAGAAGUUGUCUUCAAGACGGAUCCCCAACAAACCGACUACACCUUAGAACAAGGAGCUAUCAGAUUGUUUGAAGCGGCCAAGCUCUACCAAGCAGCUGAGGAGAAGGAGAAGAAGCAAGCAGAGGAAGAUGCCACAAACCCCAUGAAGGUGCUGGAGAACCGAACCAAGGACUCUAAGCUAGAGAUGGAGGUGAUGGAGAAUCUUGAGGAGCUGAGGGAGCUCAACAUGAGACAGGGUACUAUCAACUAUGAGGAGAUCCUCAAACAAGGCGCAGAGCAAGAAGCACUUGGGCUGAAGCAACAGGAGGAGGACGAUGAAGAGGAGAUUAGGAGACUAUUUGGCAAGGGAGGAGACGGUAUCAUAAUCAAGAGACUUGACGAUGAUGACGACGAAGAUGAGGAAUCACCCAGCAGCUCCAAACCUUCUCCAUCCUCUAUGACAUUUAAAAGGCCUACUGAUAUUCUUACAGAUGAAUCUAGUGGACCAUCGGGAGCCAAGAAACAGAAGCUAGCAGACACCUCCUCAAGGUUAUCUACAAAGUCAUCCUUAAAAUCAUCCUCAAGGUCAUUCCUCUCGGGUCUGGUCAAGGUAAAAAAGAGUGAUACCAGCAGCAGCAGCAAACCGGACAAAGACAAUGCAACAACAUCAACAGAAAAUAGUCCAAAUGAAACCACAAAACUAGUUGAGGCUGAAUCCGAUACUUCAACAGAUGCGGCACAGUUGAUCACAAAACCAGUUGAGGCUGAAUCUCAUACUGCGACGGAUGCAGCACCAUCGUCAAUAGGUGGGACAGCAGCUAUUGAGAAGAGAACUGAAUCAGCAGCAGUGAGUGACCAAAAUAGUGAAUCACAUAGCAAGAACUCUGAUGGUAAUAAUACUACAGUAGAGAAGGAGGAGGAGGAGGAGAAGGAGAAAGAAGAGAAGGAGAAGGAAAAAAAGGAGAAGACGGAGGAGGAGAAGCAAGAGGAGGCUGAGGCUUCGUUUGCGAGUAGCAUACAAGAAGGACUUAAGAAGCAGAAGGUUGCAUCGCAGAAGGUCGCGAAAGAGAAAUCAAGUGGACUGAGUCUGCUAGGGGGCUAUGACUUCAGUGAUAGUGAUAUCAGUGACUCCUCAUCAGAUUCAUGAACCAGCUUCUCUUCUUUUUUUUUUUUGGGGGGGGAUACAAUAAGUUCUUGAUAGAAACGUGUAUGCAACCCUGUACAUGUUCCUGUAUGCAUUAUAAAUCAUUUGAUCACAUAUUCACAUUGACCGAUCGCCUAUUGUGUUUAUUCAUUUUUCAGUGAAACCAGCCGCCUGUGAACACUAAUGAAGUACACAGGACAAGCUGCUUCUAAAGCUACCUCACACAAAAACAAGGGUAAAUCUUGGAGAUUGUGCUUUCAGUUGUGCCGCUCCAAAGCUUUAGAAUAACUCCUACUAGACAUAAAAACAAGCCUCAUCUGGUGCUCUCUUCAAAGUUUUGUUGAAGACGCACUUGUUUGCAGGAGCUUUAAAAUAGAUUCUAUUUUGCUAUUGUGUGUCUGUAAAGUAGCACUGUUAGCAGUUAUUUUUCUUCAUCACAUUCAGUAGAGUAUAUUUAAUAAUAGCUGCGCUCUAUAAAUUGAUCAAAUUAUUAUUAUUAUUAGCAAAUCAUAGGGCAAUUAGCUAUGAAAGAAAGGAGGCUGCGUUAACUUUUUCAGAAUAGUUUCUAGUCUUUAUCAGAGCCAUCUAUACACAGAGUUUGGCCAACUUGAUUUCAGUUGGUCACAACGUGGCGUACAUUCUGUUUUUUUGUACUUUCCCAACGAAAGCAGUAUUCACCGUACUGUGCCCAACUCAAAACAGAUUGGCCAACUCUUCUAAGCAAUGGCACUGGGGUGGUGUCCUGAAAACCAUGUCAUCUGUUAUGAUAGCAAAGUAAUGUUGAUUGUCAUAAGAAAUCGCAAGUAGGCCAAGUCAUGGUUACUAUUUUUUGCAAACUGGCUGCAUACCAUACGCCUGUAGGCAUCUGCGGGAGCAAAGAUGAAAUAUGUCUAUUCUGCACAAUUUCACUUUGUUAUGACAAUCAACAUACUUUUUACUACCGUAAAGAUAACAUUGUUUUCAGAAUACUACCCAAACUCUAAAUCACUGGACAUACAAGUAGAUGACACAACAUGUUUCUGCAUGUGCAUUGAAGAAAAAAAGUAAUAAUAUUCAUGGAUCUAAAUCCCUGAAAUUGUUGAGUAUAUUUUAUAAAAAUGUUUAUGCUUGAACAAAAUUAAAUGAUAUGAAAUGUAUUUUGAAA